GAAUUUGGUGUUGCUGAGAGGAAGGCCUAAACAAUCAUUGAAACGUGGUGAAUUGGGAAGCAGGCUCGCUAAUUGGACUAACAUUUGUCGCAGAUCGCCGUCAUUCUUUUUUUUUUCAUUCACUACAAGAUCGCGUGGUUCGGAACGCCGUCGAGAUGAAGGCCAUCAGUCCUAUUCGGUCUGUGCGGAGCUGUUACGAGGCGGUCUGUUGCAUCUCGGAGCAAAGUCUGACUAUCUCCCGGAGUAAAUCCCCCACAGAGGACCCCGCGGCUCCCUUGUGUGAUAUGAAUGACUGCUACUCCAAGCUCAAGGAGCUGGUACCGAGCAUACCCCAGAACAAGUCCGUCAGUCAAGUGGAGAUCUUGCAGCACGUCAUCGACUACAUCUUCGACCUACAGAUCGCUCUCCAAGACGAGAGUUCAGCGAAAGAUGCGCCCGACAUGAUCCUUUCAUUGAAGUCGUCAGAAAUCGCCUGCAAAUUUUCCAAAGAAGACGGAGGAGUGUGCCACUAGAGGAGGAGUCUGGCAUGGCAUUCUUAACGUGUGACUGUCUGUGCCUCUCUGGGCCUCGAGGCCCGGCUGCGGCUGGGAGCUGUGUAGAAAAACAGAAUGGCUGAUGGACGUUUCUCCCUGUCGUCACCUCUCUGCUCACUAAAUGGACUGCAGAGGACACCAAAGCUCAGUGCAUUAACGUUACCGGGGAUCCAUUAACGUUACCGGGGAUCCUUUAACGUUACCGGAGAUCCUUUGACUGAUUGUAGCCCAUAACAAUCAGACACGAGCUCGUCUCGUUACAUUCCAACAUUCCAAUCAAAUAUGACAGGACUUGCUGUUUUGCUUUCUACUUUCAGAACAAACAAAAACUUCAUCUCCCUGAACCUCUUUGUUAAUGAAGGUGUCAUAUGAUGCAGUGUACAUAUGUUGUUAUUAGUUGGGGAUGGGUUGGGUGGGAUUAUUUCUGUCUCUGGGAGGGUUCAAGGAAAUGAUUUAAACUCAACAUUACAGAGUUAUUUCUAAGUGUUUGUAGGGAUGGUUCUUUCUACAGACUGUCAAAUCGCUGAGUUUUAUAAACUUUUUAUAAAAGUGUGCUUUGUAUGUAUCAUGUUUUUUUUUACACAACAAAAAAUAAAUCACACAAAACAAA